CGCUGUAAAGCUGAGCAGCGGUGUUGUGUCAUGGCGCUGCGCAGAGUCGAGCCGCAGCAGAGCGGUGUAGUUUAAUUCACAGCUGUUUUACUGUUUAUCUAAUUAAACUCCACAUUUCACUCCAGCGCGGCUCAGAUGUCUGUCCUGUUCGCUAAUGAUCAGGGGUGGCUCCUGGAUCCCUGCUCUCUUAUAAAUGCGGGUUUUGAGCGCUGUUUCAGUGGAAACACGGGUCUCUUCUUCAGGAGCCGCUUUAACAAGCAGUACUUUAAUCUACUGAAGCCUCAUAUAGUGGAUAAGGAGCAGACCACCAACAGCCCGUCAAUAAAUACCCCCACACUUCCCGCCACGAUAGACCUAAAAACACGAAAGAAAAGGAAGAGAAAACGGAGUGAUCUUAAUCAGGGGGAGGUAGAUGCUGAAGUGUUCCAUGGAAAGGUCAGGCUGUUGGUUCUGGAGGGCAGUAAGUCUUUGGUGGAAGCUGGACACCACUGCGGUUACCUGAUCAAAGAUUUACCUGCAGAACAGAGUGAACAAACUCCAGUUCCUGAGUGCCAACUGGCUGCUCUGUGUGACAUGGCCAAGCAGCUGCUUGCAGUGGAGAACUCUGCACCACGGAUACAGGCUGUUCAGGGACAUGCAGAUGUGGAUUCACACCUCAAUCUGUUUUCAUGCCUCACGGAAAACCCCAACGACUUUGCUCGGGAGGUCACACUAAUGGGGCAGAAGUAUUUUUUGCCUCCCCGAAGUCGCUUCCUGUUGUCUGAUUUCACACGCAUACAGCCGCUGGUCCACAGUGGGAAGAAAUUUGACUUAAUAGUCCUUGAUCCACCAUGGGAAAAUAAGUCUGUGAAAAGGAGCAGUAGGUACAGUUUCCUGCCAUCAUCUCAGCUCAAACAACUUCCUGUCCCUGCGGUGAGCGCUGCAGGGUGUGUGGUGGUUACUUGGGUAACCAACCGUCCUCGGCACAUUCGGUUUGUCAGAGAGGAGCUUUACCCCCACUGGGGAGUGAAGCUGCUGGCGGAGUGGCUGUGGGUUAAGGUAACCCAGACAGGAGAGUUUGUUUUUCCUCUUGACUCGCCACACAAAAAGCCUUAUGAGGUGCUGCUACUUGGCAGAAUCUGCACUGACAGCACCAGCACAACUAGGCCGGAGGAGUGCGAGAUCCCAGAUCAGCGGCUCAUAAUUAGCAUUCCCUCAGCGCUGCACUCUCAUAAGCCUUCACUGUCAGCUGUGCUGAGGCCCUACAUUAGCCCUAAUGCCAGGUGUCUAGAGAUGUUCGCUCGAAGUCUACAGCCUGAUUGGACGAGCUGGGGGAACGAAGUCCUAAAGUUUCAGCACCACAGCUACUUCACUACAGAAAGCUUAGACAGUACAUGUAACAAUGCUACAGAUCUGCAGGUGGCUGCUGGGGUUACAGACACUUCUGCCCAACAUUAAACUGACUUUCAGUUGUUUUUAAUAACAAAAUACAAUUUUUAUUUUUGCUUAUUGCACAAAUUCAUCUUUUGUAAUAAACAGUUUUAAUUUCUUCUUUUAA